AGCGUUACAGAGAAAGGAAGCAGUCGAGGACCGGAUACUGAGGUGCUUUUUUCGCGUAAGAGCUUCAUUCAAUCCAAUAUCGUUCUUCUACUCGGGAGUAGGAUCUUUCCUAUUUCUACCAUGGGCUUGAAUGAAAUAUUUCCAGUACUGCUGAACAAGGACAGAGCUCGACAAGGAGUGGCUUUAUCCUUGCAUGCUUUUUCGGAUUUAUCUCAUGUUUCUCCUGUAGUUUUUGUAUACCUAUUGAAGGAAUGUUAUGCUCAUGGCACAUGCACGGCAUCAAAGAAAUUCCGAACUCUUCAACAUCAAAUCCAUCAAGUUCUAUACAACAGUCCCCAACCUGGACCAGCUGUUUUUGUUGCUCGGUGUCUCUAUCUCAUGCAAAUCCUUGAAGCAGAUUCUGAUGGUUUUUGUCAUCUGAUAGUAUCUUCUCUUCGGCGCUAUUUGAAAGUAGGAACGAUUGCUGAAGACUUUCAUGAAGCAAAAUCUAUUGCAGCACAGCUAUUUCUUUUUACCGCUGGUGGCAGUACAGUCUACAGUGAAGGGGUUCUCGUGAAGAUUCUUGAAGUUUUUGAUGUGACUUUGGUGGAUAUUGAGAAUGCCAUGCACACUGCAGAUAAGAACAAUAGCAUUAGUUCAGAAUUGGCAAUAGCAUUUAUUGAGAAAUACAUUCUCAUGUUGGUAGAAUCCAAGUCAUAUAUGACAGCUGUCACUUUAUUGGAACACUUCUCUAUCUGCCAUUCUGGAGAAUCAUUUCUAAUCAAAUUAAUGGAGAACAAGGAGUACAGAGCGGCAGAAAAGUGGGCAACAUUUAUGGGGAAGCCUAUGUUAUGCCUACUUGUUCAGCAAUACUCUGAUAGGAAUAUGCUAAAGAAUGCUUAUGAAAUUAUAAAGAAACACAAUCUCCAACAGCAAUUCCCAGAAACAUAUCAUAAAUGUAAAGAAAGCUCAUUAAAGAAAUUAGCAGAAAAGGCAUGCUGGGAUGUCGCAGAGCUGAAGACUAAAGGUGAUAAGCGACUUGUUGAGUAUUUGGUUUACUUGGCAAUGGAAGCUGGCUACUCAGAGAAGAUUGAUGAACUUUGUGAUCGGUACUCUUUCAAGGGUUUUGCAAAUGAAACAGAACACAGGAGGAGCCUUCUACGUGAUCGCUAUUUGCAGCUUAAUGAAUUGGUUUUAGAAGGCAUCAUUUGGGUUGAUGAAGUCAAUGGUUUACAUAAUGCAACAUGCCAUAUUGAAGAAUGCAAGGUUGUGGGAAUUGACUGUGAAUGGAAACCUAACUAUGAAAAGGGAAGCAAACCAAACAAGGUUUCUAUCAUGCAAAUUGCUUCUGAAAAUAUGGUUUUCAUCUUUGACCUGAUAAAGUUGUCUGAAGAUGUACCUGAAAUUCUAGACAACUGCCUUGCACGCAUCUUACAUUCUCCUGGCAUAUUAAAGCUUGGCUACAAUUUCCAAUGUGAUGUCAAGCAGCUGGCUUUUUCUUAUGGAGAGCUCAAGUGUUUUAGGCAUUAUGAAAUGCUGCUAGAUGUGCAAAAUGUAUUUAAAGAACCCCGGGGUGGUCUUUCUGGCCUUGCCAAGAAAAUAUUGGGAGCUGCCUUGAACAAGACUAGACGGAACAGCAACUGGGAGCAACGACCUUUAAGUCAGAAUCAACUAGAGUAUGCUGCUCUGGACGCGGCUGUCCUCAUUCACAUAUUCCGCCAUGUCCGUCGGUCUGCUCCUGCUGCCUCCGAGGGGAAUGCCAAAAUCGAGUGGAAAUCCCAUAUUGUAUCUCGCAUGGACAACACAAAGAAGACCAAAAAGGAAGCUAAGAACAAGAAGUCUGAUUCGGGGGCUGAUUCAUUCGACUGUUUCUUACUUGGAAAGGUAUCUGAAACCAAACCAUGCCAUGCAAAUUAAGGACCUUGACCGCAAUGGCAGCUGCCAUAUAUAUAUAUAUAUAUAUAUAUAUAUAUUCAUUUAGGAAUUCUGUGCAUAUAAUAUAUAAAAAACAUAGUGUCAAUUCAGGAAGACUAAAGAGAUUUUGGUUUCUGACAGAAUUAGUAAGUCAUCUGAUUGUAUUUGCUCCUUCUAGAAUGGGGUUUGUUUGGCUUUAGCCUUUAGGUGGUGGAAGAAUAUCUUUUUACUA